UUUCUCUUAGAUUUGUGGACUGUUAUCGAUAUUUCUAUCGAAGUUUUGUUCCAUCUCUAGAAGCGACUGAAAGAAAAAGAAAAACGGAGUGCAAUUUGAUUGUUUUUAAACAAUCAAUAGCAAAUUAAAAUAGUUUUCAACCUCAAAAGCCGGCCGGCGCUCCACCCAAGUCGGCUGCAUGCAGUUGGAGCACGUGAAACGGAGAAAGCCGCGUUGAAAUGUGCAGAAUUGGAAAAGCGGCAACAAUAACAAAGCAAAAGUGAAAUUGACGCCGGUCCAGGCGCCACCCCUCAUGGAGAACCUUAAAAUAAGCGAGAAGCUGUUUGAGGACGUGAUUUAUUUCGUUCUCGGCAAUUUGGACGAGGAGAUUGAACGCUUUCUGAAGAGCGGCGGAGCACAGUCGAAACUUUACCUAUCGGACAAAAUCACACACCUGAUAUGUGCCAACAACUACUCGGAGGAGGAGCUGUCCAUGAACUUGGACCUUUACAGUGCCAUCCCGGUGACCGAGCAAUGGAUCGUGCACAGCGCCAAGCUGGGCCGGAUGGCCUCGACCCGGGCCUUCGAUCCCAGUCCCAAUCAGUUACGGCUCAUGCGAGGUAUUCGCGCCGCCAUAACAAACGUGGUGGCUGGGGACCGGCGGCGGCUCUAUGCCAUGCUGACCUACCACGGCGCCGUGGUGACACACAGCUUCGGGGCCACCAACACGCAUCUGGUAUGCGGAGCGGCCACCGGAGGCAUCUACAACAAGGCGCUGGCGCUUCCCAAGAACGCCAUAAUCAUUGUGACGCCCGACUGGGUGACCGACUGCCUUAAGUUCAAGAGCUGCCUGCCGUCGGAGCCGUAUCAUCCCCGACUGCUCAAGCCCAUUGAGAAGCAGAGGAACCAGAAGCAGCAGGCAGCGGCGCAACAGCAUCAAAUUCAGCAACAGAUGCAGCAGCAACAACAGCAACAACAACUGCAGCAGCAGCAACAGAUGCAGCAACAGCAACAGCAGCAGCAAAUACAACAAAGCGCCGCCCCUACUCUGUCGGAUAUUCUGGGCUUUGGAGAGGAUACUGCUGCUGCCAAGAGCAUAGCCAGUAUAAAAUCUCAGCUGCAGGCCUCGGCCGAACAGAUUCAGCAGCAACAUCAACCACAGCCUAUAUCAGCACAACAGCAAGUGGUCUUCGUGCGACCCCAGCCACAGCCACAACAACAGCCGAUGCAACACCCAAUGCCGCAAGCAGGACCACAGGCUCCUGCUCCGCCCCAUUCGCAGCAACAGCAGCAGCAGUUGAUCAUCCAGCAGCAAAAAGUCAUUCCCGCCAAUUUGCAGCAGCAGCCGCAGAGUCAGCAGCAGAUUAAAAACAUUCUGCAGCAACAGCGUCAGAUGAAGAACACGCAGCAGCAGCAGCAACAAGCUCAGCAACAGCAGCAGCAACAAAUUCAAAUGAUUCAGCAGCAGCAGCAACAACAGCAACUUCAACAGCAGCAGCAACAACAACAACAACAACAGCAACCGAUCAUGCAACAAGAUCCCCUGCAGCAGCAGCAGCAGUCGCCCCGGCUACCCACCACCCCCACUGGCCGACAAACACCUCGUACACCGCAGUCCACAACGCCACAACCCAUCCAGUCGCCUCAACAACAUCACCAGCAACUUAUUCAGCAACAACAGGUAUUAUUGUGUUUUUUAAUUAAAUAUUCCUCUAAUAUAGUAUCUAUUAAACUUUUCCAGCAACAGCAAGUCGUGCAACAGCCGCAACAAAUGGUACAGCAACAGCAGAUGGUGCCGCAACAAGUUGUCCAGCAGCAGCAGCAGCAGUCUGUGCCUGUUUCUCCGCAAAUCAUGCACCAACAUUUAAUGCGGCAACUGCAGGUUCUGAACCAAAACCAAAUGCAAAUUCAGCAAAUCAUUCAAAGCGGACAGCCUCUGACGCCCCAGCAACAACAGCAACAGCGGCAGAUCCAACAGCAGCAGCAGCAAAUAAUGCAGCAGCAACAACAGCUGCAGAUGCAGAUUCAGCAACAGCAGCAGCAGCAACAACAGCAGAGCCUUCAACAGCAACAAUCGCCAAGAAUGGUGCAAAACAGAUCGCCGGUAAUGCCGCCAAACACUCCCUCGCCAUCGCUGCAGCAGCAGCAGCAACUGCAGCAUGCCAGCAACAACAUGCUGCCGCCGCAAUCGCCGAGGCAGCUGCAGUCGCCAGCUCCCCAGAUGACGCCACCACCGCCACCCUCGCCCCAGAGUGCCCAGCAGCAGCAUCUGCGACAACAGCAAAUGCAGCAGAGCCGGCAGCAGCAGCACAUGAUGGGAUCGCCCCAACAACCGCAACCGCCCUCCAUGAUGUCUCCCCAACAGCAGCAACAGCAGAUGCAACCCUUCCAGCAGCCGGUUCAUCAGCAGCAGCGGAUGCAGUUGCAGCAACAGCAGCAAUUGGCGCAACAACAGCAGCAGCAGCAGCAACAGCAAAGUCCGCAACACAUUUCGGCACCUCAGUCGCCGCAAAUUUCGCAGACUCCUCCCAUGCAGAGCAAACUGCAUCCGAACCAGACCUUGGGCGGCCAGCAGCAGCAGUCGUUUUCGCAGCAGAAGCCCAUCGAUCCAACAGACCCCGUGCAAGUGGCGCAGGUCCUUAGCCGAUCCACGUUGAGUAGCAACCAGGACUCGUUGAUCAUGAGGCAGCAGCAGCUGAAGCAACAGCAGCAGAUGCAGCAGCAACAGCCGCAGCAGCAGCAUACUCCCUCGCCGCGACAAUCGCCUUUGCAGCAACCGACGACACCAACCUUACAGCAGCAGCAGCAACAACAACAGCAACCGAUUCAGCAGCAGCAGCAACAGCCUCCACAACAAAUGCAACAGCAGCAACAACAACAACAGCAGCAGCAGCAGCAACAAAUAAUGGCACAACAGCAACCGCAAUCUGUUCAACAACAACAGGUGAUCACUCAGCGACAUGUGAUUAACACUUCCACGGCCCAAGGGCAACAGAUCAUUCAGAGCCACAUGAUGAACCUGCAGCAGAAGCAGCAGCAAGUGUUGCAUGUCCAGCAACAACAGCAGCAGCCAGCGCAGCAACAACAGCUCCCUCAACAGCAGCCACAGCAGCAGCAUCAACAAGUACAAUUCACACAACAGCAGCAAAUAGCGCUUGGAACUGGGGGUCAGGUGCGAAUCAUUCAGCAGACAAUUCAGCGUCCACAGCAGCAACAACAGGUAGCUCCGCAACAACAGCAGAUAAUCGGACAGUUUCCGCAGCAGCAGCAGCAAUUGCAGCAACAACAACUGCAACAGCAGCAACCACAACAGACACUCCAGCAGCAACAGAUGCCACAGCAACAACAGCCUCAAAUUCUGGGAGUCCAGCAGCAGCAGCAACAACAACAACAACAGCAACAGCCGCAGCAGAUGCAGCCACAAGGCAAAACAUUCAUUAUCAGUCAGCAGCACUUCAAUCAGCUCAGCGUUCAGCAGCAGCAGCAAAUUCUGGCCCAAAAUCCACAAAACCAAAACGUAUAUGUUGUUAAUCAGACAAACCUCGCUCAGCAGCAACAACAACAGCAGCAGCAGCAGCAACAACAACAGCUUGUGCAGCAGCAGCAAAUGUUGCAACAACAACAGCAGCAACCGAUUAUGCCGCAGCAACAGCAACGAAUGCAAAUGCAGCCGCAACCACAGCAAAUAGUUGUCAACCAGCAGAUCAUAAGCGAUCCUCAACGGCUGCAAUAUUUGCAGCAGCAGCAGAUUAUUCAGAAACAACAGCAGCAGCAACAGCUUGUGGGAGCGCAGCAGCAGCAGCAACAGAUCUUGAUUCAACAGCAACAGCCACAGCAGCAGCAACAGCAAAUAUUGCAGCAAAAGUUGCCCAUCGACCCGCAGCAGCAGCAGCAACAACAGCUUCUGCUGCAGCAACAAUCGCCCCAGCAUCAUCCGCAAAUGCAGCCACAGCCCCACUGGUCGCCGCAGAGUCCGGCAUCUGGUCAGAUGGGACCCGUAACGCCGGGAACGCCUACGAGUAGUGUGGGUAUGCAGUCGCCCCUGCCGGGUGGGCCGUCCACCCCUCAGCAGCAGCAACAACAGCAGCCCCAGCAGCAGUUUGUUCCCCGGGGACUGCGUCCUCAGACCUCAUGGCCUGGCCAGCAACAGCAGCAGCCCCCGACAGUCCAGCAGCAGCAGCAGAUUGUGCUCCCACCGCCCCAGCAGCAGCAGCAACAGGCGCCGGGUCAGGUGGCGCCACAGCAACAGAUAGUGCUGCAACAGCCGCAGCAACAGAAGAUCGUCCUGGACGAGAAGACGCACGCCCACUUCAUGUCCCUGGAUGCCCACAAGCGGGCCGAGUACAUCACCAAGCUCAACCAGCAGAACAAGCCGAGGGUGAUGCUGCGCCAACAGGUGGCCUACCAGCCGCGACCCGGUGCUCCUGGUGGCAUGGUUGCUACUCGUCCCGCCGGACCAGUGCCGCCCGGCCACAUCAUAGUCCAGAGCCAGAUGCCACCAGGCCUCACGCAGCAGCAGCAGAUGCUCUGGCUGCAGCAGCAAGGAAAGCGACAGGUGGUUGUGCGCGCCGGCGGUACUCCCGGACUGAGUCCCAUUCAGCAGCAGCCGGGAGUGGCGGUAGGACCUCCGCAACAGCAGCAGCAAUCGCCCCAACAACAGCCCUUCAAUCCCAACGAUCCCAAUCAGCAGAUGCUGCUGCAACGCCAGCAGUUGCGUGUCCAGCAGAUUCCCAUCCAGCAGCAGGCUCCGCAGCAAAUGGGAAAGCAGACGGUCCAGCUCAUAACUGGGCCCAAUGGCCAGCUCAUCGAGCAGCAGACCAUUGUCCAGCAGCAGCAGCAACCCACCACUCCCACUACCCCGGGCCCGGGAGGUGUGGUGGUGCCUGGUGGUCCCCCAGGCAGUGGCAACAUAAUGACUCAGACAUUGGUGAUGACAUCCACGACUCCCGAUGGACAGCCGCAGCAGACUCCGCAGCAGAUGAACUUGAAAACCAAGACCGCACUGGCCAACAUGCUGAGCAGUCGCUUGGGAAACAAUGGAGUGCAGCCGCAGCAGCAACUCAUCCAGCUCCCCGAUGGCCAGCAGCAGCCUCAGCAGCAGAUUGUCCAGCAAGUAGUGGUGACCGGCGCACCGCAGCAGCAGCAGCAGCAAUUGCUUCUCCAGCAGCAGCAGCAGCAAAUGGUGGUGCAGCAGCAGUUGGCGCCACAGCAGCAUGAGCCACCUUCGGCGGCCGGGGCUCUGAGGAUGAUGGGGCAACAGCACAACGCGGCAGUUGGUGUGGGAGUAGGUGUGGCAGGGCCACCUCGAACGCAGCAGGAGCUGCUGAUGCUGCAGCAGCAGCAACAACAGCAACAGAUGCUCCAGCAGCAGCAAUUGCGCAGAGUGGUGGCCGUGUCGCAACAGCAGCAGACGCCGCAGCAGCACCUGGUGCAGCAUCAAAUAGUGGUUGCUCCGCCGCAGUCGCCGCAACAGCAGCAACAGAUGACUGUGGGCGUGGGUGUGCCUGUACAGCGGCCGCCACAUGGCUUCAUCCAAGCGCGACCCGGUCAGCAGGCCAUUCCCAUGCCCCAGUUUUACGGCCACAAUCCCAAUCUGAAGCUGCCCGCCGAUCUCUUCCUGGUGGGCUGCACCUUCUUCAUCGUGGAGUACGACGAGACGGACGGCGACGAGCUGCCCAUUUGGCUGGACACGAUUCGGCAGUUCGGCGGCGACAUCGAGCGGACGUAUUGUCCUCGAGUUACCCAUGUCAUCUGUCGCACUCAGCGCCAUGGAGUGGUGAUGCAAGCCCUCCGGGACGCCAAGCGUUGCGUCACCGCUUACUGGCUGAGCGACAUCUGCCUCAAGAGGCAGUUGAUGCCACCGUGGCAGCCGCUUCAUCUCCCGUUUCCCAGCCAGUUCGGCUACCGGAAGCCGCUUGAGCGCUACAUCAUCACCUCGGAGGGAUUCGAGGGCGAAGAGGUGGUCCGGCUGCAGCAGAUGGCCGAGGAAUGCGGCGCCAUCUAUACGUCCUAUCUGUCGAAGGUGAACACGGUCGUCGUCUGCAAGCAGCUGGAGGGGAAUAAGUUCAAUGCCGCCAAGGAGUGGAACAUCCCGAUGGUCAACGCCCUCUGGCUCAGCGAUGUGUGCAUCGGCAACCUAAGUGGACUGUCCCAGUACGACAGCCCCAAAUACCAGCAGUACAACCUGGUGGCUCCAUUCCGCAUCGAAUGCAACUUGGUGGCACAUCUUCUAACUGCUUGGAAAGCGCCCAUCAAUCUCACCCAGGAGGCACAUGAACGUGUGAAGCGUCAUCUCUCCGACCCGUACAGCAGCGAACAGAAGCUGAAGCGCCAGAAGUUGAACUCGUUCCAGCAGGAGCAGCUGCCCGAGCAAAUAGUCUGCCUCGAAUAUCCCACAACCACCAAGCCGCCAAAGGUUAUAUUCUCUCAGGUGGCCGAUGUGGAAUCUCUCAAGAAAGCAGUUCUAAUUUUGGGUGGCAUCGUAGUGGAUAGUCCGGCCGACGCCACUCAUCUGGUAAUGACACGCGAGAGUCGCACCUGCAAGCUGAUUCAGGCCUGCUGCCACGUCGACUAUGUCCUCAAGUCCAGCUGGAUCGUGGAGAGCGCCAAGGCUGGCAAAUUUGUUCCGACCGAGCCUUACCGCAUCCAGCACAUACCAGUGGACGAGAACCUACAGUUCAACUUGGACACUGUCCUCUGUGCACCCACUCGUGAUACCUUGUUUGCGGGGAAGUACUUCCACGUCACGCCAGACGUGUUCCCGGCCCGCGAAGAUAUCAUCAAGAUGAUCGAGUACUCCGGCGGCAAGGUGGAAGCGAAGCGGAGAAGCGGCGCCGCUGUGGCCGAGGCGCAUGUCCAGUCGCCUGACUCCUACAUCAUCGUUACCUGCCCGACGGACAUGCACCUGUGCGCGGAUCUAACGCGGCACGGCAAUCCCAAGUGCCACAUUGUGUCGACGGAGUUCGUCAUGAGCUCGAUCCUCAAGCAGCAGCUAGAGAUUGAGCCCAACCUGAUACCCUACCUGUACAAUAAUAAUAAUGUCAACGCCUGCAACAGCAACAAGUCCUAGCGCCGAGUUUUUUGGUUGUUGUAGGAGCGUCUUACCACCGUUCCUAGAACCAAUACUACUUAGAAACUCUUGAUCUUGCAGGAUGUCCAGGCUCUUGAAUACAUAUCGGUUACAUAUGUAAUUCUCCAUAUAUUAGUUUAUCAUUUUAUAUAGAACCUUGCCUCAUCUAAUUACCUUUUGUAAAUUGUAAAUAGUCUUAAUAAUUCGCACUCUUUGUUUAAAACUCGUACUGUAGGAUCUAAGAAUAUUAAGUUAAGCUCAACAUCUGUAUCUUUAUCUCAUCGUACUGUGUGUCUGUCGUAUUCGUUUGCAAACAAGAAACGAUAAAAUGCACUGCCUCUGUCAAGAAAGGACAUCUUUUGAAACCAAAUAACAUAUUUUGAACAUUAUUUUAGAUGAAAUUACUAUAAUAGGAAGGGACCGUAAAGUCAGAAAAUAAUGAAACUUUAUAGACAAGCCAUAAACCUUAUAAACUAUUCUUCUUUUUAAGAGUAUAUCUAUAAGAAAUGCCCCAAUAAGCACGCUAAUUAAGUUACUGUUUCAUCCCCGGUACUUUUUCAUCUGAUGAGGCCUUUAUCUAAUAACCCCAUUUUCAUCCCAUGGAAGCGAAAUACAAGUCAACAUACGAAUUUAAGGAUGGUAUGAUUAGGGAGUGGAAAUAUUUUACUAGAGCAGUCGACCGACAUGUGCAAGGAUGAUGAAAGAAAAAUAAUAAAAACAAGAGAAUAUCUACCUUAAUUAGUGUAAGGACCAAUAAUUUUAUAAACGAGUAUAUUUUUGUAGGUUCAUUAACCACUAGCUUAUGGGGAAAUCACACGAAAUUAUGCAUUUCCCGGAGUAUACGAACAGUUUCACAGAAAACAAAUGAUAUUUGCUGGCUAUUAGUAUUUUAAGUACUUGUCACAUUAGUAAAGCCAAUAUUUUCAAAGAUAUAUUAACAUUAGUUAGGAGUUGUGCGAAAUAUAUAUGAAAUAAAAAUAUUUACUUGUAAAAAAAAA